CUAAGUUGUUGCACCUCACAACUACACACUUCAGCCACAAAAACUGACUUUUCUUUUUAAUGAAAACAAAUAAACAACGAAUCAUUCUGUUUUCAUCGUUUAUUCCUCAACCAGGUCAAAAACCUCUCUUCUUCCUCCUCUUUUCUGGGUUUGUUCAUUCAAAUUCUCAAGAACAAAAUUUUUAGGGUUCACUUUUAUGGAUUGUUUCGGGAACAAAUGGUCUUCGUCUCUUUUCAUUGCACCUCAAUUGUUAGAUUCUUCAUUCUUCAAAGCUUCUCAGUCUGAUCUCUUUCGUUCUCUUUCUAUUAGAUUCACGCCUUGGUUUCGCUACCUCCGUUUUACUUUCCUGGUUUAGCAUCCUUCAAAUUGUGUAUUUACCUUUGUGUCUGGCCUCCAGGUGGUGUUGCUGUAGAAAAUUAUUGGAGGCGUGCAUUUGUUUUAAGAUUGUAACUCAGUUUCAGGAGUGUGAAAAGAGCUUUAGGAUUGACCUUCGCUUGUGGUUUUGUGGUGACAUGAUCACAAGCGAGGGGGACUCAAAAAUGUCCUCAAGACGAGUAAAGACCUCUGGAUGGGCUGCAUUUGACCUUAAGCAAAGACAAAAAGAUGAUAUUGUUGCUCAAUCUGGUGAUGAACUCUUUCCCUCACUGCGAACUACCACAAGCUCACUUCAACCUUCCAAAACAUCCACGAGAGACAAGCAUGUGAAAUCAUUCUCAUCAGCUAUACAGCCUUCACUUCAUUUUCCCACUCUUAAACACUAUAACAUAUUUAGUAAGUCUUCUGAAGUUGGUAGUUCUGAAAGUCCCCAGAUCAGUGAGCUUUCUUUGGAGGUCAAGUUUAACUUAGUUUAUAAGCAGCUCAAAGAGAUGUUCGUCUGGGCCGAUGAUAGUUUGAUCGAGGACGUUAUAGCUGCUACAGGAAAUGACGUGAACAAGGCAUCUUCCUUUCUGAAGGCUAUGGUCUCUGACCAAAGAUCACAUGAAUUGGAAAUUACUGAGGUGGAAAAUCAUAAUAAAUUAACGAGUAAGAAGGAAGAUGAGUCUUCAAAAGAUGUUCAUGAACCUGCCAAGAUGUGCUCUUUUACAGAGCCAUGUCUUGGCAGCAAAAACAAUAAUGUGAGCAACAAAUUUACAGAAAAUCUGUACAAUGAUUAUAUGGAAAUUAAUGCAAUUCUUGGACAGUUGACAAGUAUACCUGUUGAGCCCGAGUGGGAAGAGGAUGAUGUCUACUUGAGUUGCCGUAAAGAUGCCAUAAAGAAAAUAAGGGCUGCUACACGUCACUCUAAGGCAGCAACUAACUCAUUUUUAAGAGGCGAUCACAAAUCUGCCCAACAGUUCUCUCUGAAAGCUCGGGAGGAUUGGGGAGCGGCACAAAGUCUUAAUGCUAAGGCUGCCUGUGAGAUUUUGAGAAUACGUAAUGAGAAUAAUGGGAUUUGGAGGUUGGACUUGCAUGGUCUUCAUGCAUUAGAAGCAGUCGAAGCUGUGAAGAAACGUUUAUUUAUGAUUGAGACCCAAUUUCUAUCUAAGGGUUCAAGGCACUCAGAACUUCCUAACAGUUCCAAGAGUAUGCCUGAGAAUAAAUCUGAAGAGCAGGCAUCUUAUAGGUUGAAACCUAUUUGGUUGGAAGUCAUUACAGGCAUCGGAAAUCAUAGCCGUGGAGGUGCAGCACUUCCAACUGCAGUGAAAACCUUCCUUGUUGACAAUGGUUAUCGAUUUGAUGAAACUAGGCCUGGGGUGAUCAUGGUUCGACCUAAGUUUCGUGCCAGUGGUAUGACUUGAAUGUUCUUUUGAUGCAGCAUGUCGGUGCACCUUGAAAGUAUGUACUGUUCUUGGAAGCAGCUCGGUCCAUGUCACACUUUUUAAAAAGGGUAUAGUAGCCUGAAGUUCCGACUUAGUUGCUAAGUUAGAUAUGUUUAUUGAUCUGUAUUUGUAAGUUCAAUAUCUGUAAACUAUUUUCUACUAAUAAUGAGUUUCCCAUUGUUUUAUUUCUA